UUGGUCCCUUCCCGUCGUCAAUUCCCCCACGUGAAUUUCCAUCCCCGCCAACUCUUCCUAUCCAUUAUCGAACCAUCAUGGCCAAGACAAAGUCCAAGAAGCGCAAACAAGCGCAAGCUCAAGUCCAAUCCGAAAACCCUCGGAAGGUCGCAAAGACCACUUCCCCUUCGAUCCCGACGCCUCCUCCCGAUGGCACGACCACGCACUUCGAGCCCAAGAACCUCCAUACCGUUGUGUCCGAAGAAGAGCUCGAGAUUACCAUCGACACACUCAAUUCGCUCGCCCAGUACCCUGGCUUGAUCAAGUCAAAGCUGUGCAAGGACUUGAGAGUUGCUGUUUACGACUUCAGACAAGCUUGCACGACUGGCGUCAAUAAUGCUGCUGGUGCGAACCUCACGGCGCAGGUCACUGCUGCUCUUGCCGAUCGGAAAUAUACCGAAGCCCGAAUUCUGCUUGCAGAGAUGAAGAUUCGUGGCGAGCAGCCCAAGCUCGGUGCUCUUUGUCGAUGGGUUCGAGAUCUUGAUGUAAUCAGUGGUCUGUCGACGAUUCCCGAUCAGCAAGGGCUUGUCAAGCGCUCAGAGAGGGAAGAGACACUCAUCAAGGUGAUUGAUGCGGUGCUUCGAGUUUGCGGCCAUGAAGACCGAAACCCAAAUGCGAUCAUCCAGCCUUCAUCAAUCGCACUCCAGGAGAUUUGGGAUCUUCGUCCCGAUACUUCAACCGAGCAAGUCUAUGCCUCGGUCCUCGAUGGCAGUCUCGUUGCUUCGGCGCCCGAGUCUCUCAAGAAGAACAUUCGCAUCAUCGAGACAACACCCGGCCCCGAGCGCAAGCCGCCGAACCAUCACGACGCCAUCCUUUACGCUUCGACACCCGAGGCUGUUCCUCUGUCGACAACGCCGCCGCCGACGGCACAUCGACCACAUCCUGUCGUCCAGGGCCUCAGCGUGGCCACGAAUGUUCUCUACCCCGAAGAGUGCAAAGCUAUUAUAGCCGCGGGUGAAUACGUCAAUUUCGUACCUGACGCACCGCUUCGGGAAGAUGGCGACAUCAGCAUUCUAGCGCACAACUUUUACUGGGUUGUCGAUAAGACCUUUCACGACACGCUAUGGUCGCGCAUUCAACCUUUCGUGCCCGUGUCAAUGAACGGGCGCUUGGCUCGUGGCAUCAACCGCCGCUUCCGAGUGUAUCGCUAUGUCCCAGGAGCAGAGUAUCGAGCACACAUCGACGGCGCGUGGCCCCCGAGCGGCAUUACGAAGGAAGAUAAAUACGUAUAUGACGACUCGCCGGACGAGAAGAAGCAGAGCUCGCUGUUUACGUUCCUGAUCUACCUCAAUCAAGACUUUGAGGGCGGCGAAACCACAUAUUUCCUCCCGGCUGCGCGAGAAGGAAUCCUGAAUGCAUACCCUGUUCGUCCAGUAAUGGGCGGCGCGGCUAUCUUCCCUCAUGGUGAGAUCAACGCGACAUUGCAUGAAGGCACCGGUGUGCGAAAGGGAGCGAAAUACGUCAUCCGAACCGAGAUAGAGUACGACGUCGAACCGACGGAAGAAGUCAAGAUCUGAAUGGAGCACAAGGUUUCGGGUACAAACAAAUUGGAUACAUGAACGGCUGGACCGGGGAAAAGUAUUGUUACGCUACUUACGUCUAAUGAACAUCAUUGAUCAACUACUCUGUCGCUGUAGUCUCACCCUCGGCUGGCUUGCGUCCCCAAACAAUACGUUGCAAGUAGUAAGCGUGCGCCGGCUUCUUGGACUUCAACUCCCUCCUCAGCUGGGCACAGUACAGAUGGACCUGUUCCUGAGUCCAUCCCUCAAGAAGCGUAGCCAUGAACGAGAUGUGUCCCUCUACAUCGGAUAGAAUGCUCAUUGUUGUGAACCUUCCAAUCUCCUUGAGUCGCUCAUCUUGCGGCCAAUCGCCAACAGGAACCUUGAUCGUCUUGGACUGGAUGUCCACGAAACCAGCGGCCUUGAGACCCUUCUCCUGCAGAUUAUCUGGAAGAGGGGUGAACACGCGACCGAGCUUUUUGCCGCCUUCGUGGAAGAACUUGCCCCAUUCUGCAAUGGCGCUACCAGGUUUGAGACUGUCGUCGUCGCUGCGGCCCAUGGGGUCACCUUCGUGGGAUUCGAUCCAGCCGCCGGGCUUGGUUACUUGGUACGCGCGCUCGUACAAGGCGUACCAGUCGGGCACGCUGCCGUAGAGGAAACGGAGGUGGACGAAGUCGGCGGAGUUGGGAGGGAACGUCCAGUCGAGGGUGAAGUCUUCGAUCUCGAACUUGACGUUCGGGGGAACCCAGCUAGAGGCUCUUAGGUCAUGCUGCUGUAGUUGGAGCUGGAGACUCACGUUGGCUGGAUGGGCGAGAUGUCUGUACCGAUGACCUCCGCCUCAGGGAACUCAUCGCCAAAGUCCAUGGCCCAAAUCCCAGUGCCGGUUCCGAUGUCGAGGACUUUGCUGGGCUCUUUGACGGGAGCGAGGAAGAGCUUGCCGUCCAUGAUCAACGUGGAAGUAUGAUGGAUAAUGUCCAGAGCCUCAGAGGCCUGGUUGUCGUUGGACGCCCAGUACUGGGCAUCGCCUCGCUCGGCGUGGUAUGUCCGCCCGUUGAUGGUUCGGUACUCGAGAAUGCUGGAGUUGAUACUGGCGGUAGAACUAGCAGCGUCGUCGCCUAGCGCAGAGUCGGAAUCCGAGUUAUCUGUAGCUUCAGUGUUCUAAUUGAGUUAAUUAACAAGUCAUCGUCCGUGUAAUGCUCAUGUAUCGUACCUCCCAGUGCGUCGG